CGAGGAUGAGCGUACGGCGACCCAUUCCAGCAGCGUGUCUUUCUAACCGAUAUUUCGCCUUGGUUGGGCAAAUAAACAGCGGGAACAUUUCGUAAAAUGGCGCAAGAGGCCGGGUUAUUCGCCGAUCUGCAGCAGAUAGAAGACUUGAAGAGGAUUGAGAAACUAGAUGGAACACGCACUCACAACGGAGAGUUGGUCAACAUUCUAAGCAGCGAGGAAAAGGCCGGCUACAUCAAGCUAGUGAUGAUCAUCAAACGCUGGGGUAACUAUCCCGACAAGGUCGACAAGAUGAACCAGCUUCUGCCACGACGGGCCCGUGUGUAAACGGCGAGACAUGGAACCCGUACAACCUGCGCUAUCAGCUGCACAAUGUUCGGGAGAGGUUAGCCAAGAACUUGGUGGAGAAGGGCGUGCUGACCACCAGCAAGCAGAACUUCUGGCUCUUCGACAUGACCACUCACCCGCUUGUCGACCAGACCAUCAAACAGAGAGUCGUCGAGAAGGUGCAAGAUUCACUGCUGUCACGCUGGCAGAACGACCCUCAUCGCAUGGACCGACGCCAGCUGGCCCUCAUCUUCCUGGCGCAUGCGUCCGACGUCCUCGAGAAUGCGUUUGCCCCACUGAGCGACGAGGAUUACGAGGUGGCAACGCAGCGAGUCCGCGAGCUGCUCGAUCUCGACCCGGAGGUCGAAGCUCUCAAGCCCAACGCCCACGAGAUGACCUGGGCCGUUGCCGCCGCAUUCACAAAGUAAAUCAUGCCACGACACCUUGCGUCGCACCGACAUUCUUUUUCAGGUACUGUAGUCGAAUACUCGGACGUUGUCCGUGCGCUGUUUUUUAGCCUGUCGGUCGGCAACCUCUGGACUCUCGUCACAACGAUCAGUGCCUGGUUGUUUCGUCCAUUAACUUUGUGUUUGUGUGCCUCCAUGACAGUGGCAAGAAUGGUGUAGCUGCGCCACUGCUCUCUAUCCCACCAUGGCUGGGUUUCUGAUCUGCCAGCGAAACUUUUGUCGUUUUGCACGCCCAGCCCUGUACUGGUCAGAACUGUACAUUUGUAUACAUAGCAUACCUUCCACCCUCCCCCCCCCCCCCCCCCCCCCCCCGUGCCAAGUACAACCUCUGCUUGCCUUUCUAGUCCUGUGCAUGUCGUCUGCUGUUGCUCACACUUAGAUUACUACUGUUGUCUUGAUCCUACCGUGCUGUGUGUGUGCCCAAGAGUGCAAGCUCUCGCCUCGUCUCUCAUUAGCUCCAGCGUACCCUCCCUUCCCCCCCCCCCCCCACGGGUGUCCCACGGUUCCGCUCUCUAUCUCUGCCUAUUUAUCUCUUCUUUGUUUACACCCUGCCCCCAGGAUCGGUUUACUCCGCUGCUGGUCUCCAUUCUAUGUGUGUGUCCCCAACCCCAGGAGCGUUCAAUGUAUCCCUUGCUGAGCAUCUAGAUGAGCAGAUGCUUUUAGUCCAACCCCAGUAGAGUUGUUUAUUAGUUUUAUCACGUGCGCUGCUGCCGGCUGCAUUACCUCGCGCCAUUACUGUCGUUCAUUUGCUUGCUGUGUAACCUACCCUAACUCGACUAACUGUCUCACGUGGCCUACUGCCACCGCGGGCACAGUUUGUCGGUGAAUGCUCGUGCCGCCGCUGCCCUAGGCCAAUGUAACAAGAUAAGCAUUUUAUCUUCUUCAUUUUACGUGCAUGCGUUGCCCUCUUUUCUCGUUGCACUCUUCUGCGGAAUGUUGUGUCUACGUCUGUUCCGUCGGUCCUCGCGCUUCUUCUGACCCCCACGUGGGUGUUCGCAUUCGUUAUUUUGAUUGGCCCCAGGUGACGUGCUGACUGUGACCGCCACUGUAUUGUUUUGUUCGUGGAUCAGCUUGCACGCUGUCUUAAAAGUGUUUGCAUGCGCUCUCUGCUGUCUAUUGUGAAUGUCUAUAUCACUCUCUCUCUCUCUCCCUCUUUCCUGUGGUUUUGUCGGUUGUUGUUUUUAUGUGUCCUUUGUGUAGUGUCCGUUACCAAUUCAUGCUGGAUGUUGUUUCAGGCAUGCUUGAGAAAAGCUUA